AGCUCAGAGGAGUUUUCCUGGAGAAGAAGCAAAGCUUUGAAGCUCCGUCGCGAAAGCACCAGAUCGGAACUUCACUAUCGAUCGGAAUCACAAGUAUCAAAGCAAAGGUCGAUUCUCCGAACAUGGACGUGAUAAAGACGCAGCAGAUAUCAGCAAGGACCAUCGAGAAGGUCGUCGUUCACCCACUCGUCUUGCUCAGCAUCGUCGACCACUACAACCGCGUCGCCAAAGACUCGCGCAAGCGCGUCGUCGGCGUUCUCCUCGGGAGCAGCUCCCGCGGCGUCGUCGACGUCACCAACAGCUACGCAGUGCCGUUCGAGGAGGAUGACAAGGAUCCGAGUAUAUGGUUUCUUGAUCAUAACUAUCAUGAGUCGAUGUUCCACAUGUUCAAGAGAAUUAAUGCUAAGGAGCAUGUUGUAGGUUGGUACAGCACAGGUCCUAAACUUCGGGAGAAUGAUUUGGACGUUCACGCGUUGUUCAGUGGUUAUGUUCCAAAUCCUGUGUUGGUUAUUAUCGAUGUUCAGCCUAAAGAGCUUGGGAUCCCCACUAAAGCUUACUAUGCAGUGGAGGAGGUCAAGGAGAAUGCGACUCAGAAAAGCCAGAAAGUCUUCGUUCAUGUUUCUACAGAAAUAGCCGCUCAUGAAGUCGAGGAGAUCGGCGUGGAGCAUUUGCUCAGAGAUGUGAAAGACACAACGAUCAGUACCCUUGCGACUGAGGUCACUGCGAAACUAACUGCAUUGAAGGGGCUGGAUGCACGUCUUCGGGAGAUCCGGAGUUACCUUGACCUUGUAGUUGAUGGGAAACUCCCUCUAAAUCAUGAGAUUCUAUACCAUCUGCAGGACGUUUUCAACUUGCUUCCGAAUCUCAAUGUGAACGAGUUGGUCAAGGCCUUCUCAGUGAAAACGAAUGACAUGAUGCUCGUUAUCUAUCUAUCGUCUCUCAUCAGAAGUGUAAUUGCGCUCCACAACUUGAUCAACAACAAGUUGCUGAACAAGGAACAUGAAAAGGCAGAGGACUCAAAGCCCGUGGCCAUACCCGCCACAAGCUAAAUUGUCCCUUGCGAUGAAGGCGGCUGCUGUGUGUGUUGUCUCUCCCAAUAGAACAAGUGGAUGGUUCGAACGAGUUUAGUUUGGUAUCAGGUUUCUUUCCGAGUGUUGACUUUCAUCUGUUGUUCUGAUUCUGAAUGUGUCAAAGAGGCUUUUUUCAUUUUUAUCUUUCAAGUUGGUUAGGGCUUAGAGUCCUUUUUUGAGUGGGGUUCAUGAUGAUACACAGUUUCACUAUUAAUGUGUCGAAAUCUCCACAAACAUUUACAAUUCAA